ACCAGGGAAAGAAACUCAACCUGAGAGUGAAUUGUACAUUCUAGUGUCUAGCCUAAUUUGUAGUAUUGAGAAACAAAGAUGGUUUCCUCUCCUUUGAGAUCAAAAACUCGAUUCCAUGCUCGCUCUGUUAGCUUGCCCUCUAGAUCUCAUCCACUCAUUCAUCAAUUCGAUGAGCAUUUGUGCAGAGUCAAGGCUUCUGAAGCCACAUCCAUUAGCAACAGACUAAGUGGUCUUGAAGAGUUGUAUGAUUGUGUGGAUGAUUUGCUUCUGUUGCCACACACUCAACAAGUAUUUGCUCAAGAGCGCAACCAGAAAUGGGUUGAUGAAGCGUUGGCUGGGCAUCUCAGGCUGUUGGAUGUGUGUGCCAUCGCUAAAGAUAUCUUCUCACAGACAAAGCAAGAUGUGCAACAACUUCUUUCAAUCCUGCGCAGAAGAAGGGAUGGUAAUGAUUUUGGUGAAUAUUUGUCUUCUCAAAAGAAAGUGAAGAAGGUGAUCCAGAAGUCCUUGAAGGAUUUGAAAAAAAUCAGAAACAAUGAAAGCCUUCUAGCCUGGGGCAAAGAGCAUCAAACUGUGGCAAUUGUUAGCAUGUUAACAGAGGUUGAAGUAGUCACUUUAGCCGCGUUUGAGUCCUUAUUGUCCUAUAUUGGUGGUGGUGGAUCAAAAGUGCAAUCAAGGCCAAGUGGUUGGUCUUUGGUUUCCAAACUGAUGCAUCAGAAAAGUGGGUCACAACAAGAUGAAACAGAUAUGAAUGAGUUUGACAAGGUUGCUACUGCAUUGCGCUCACUCACCAGUCACAAGGCAAGCAAAUCUGACUAUGAAAAUUUGCAAAAUCAGUUGGGGAAGAUGGAGUCACUCAUUCAAGAUACGGAAGAACAGCUAGAGUGUCUGUUCAGGCGUUUAAUCAGAACCAGAGUUUCCCUCCUCAACAUUCUGAGCCAAUAGUCAGAAAAGAGAUUAGCUAAAAAAAAAAUUAUCUGUUCAUACUUGUACAUGAAAUAUAUUUAUAGUUGUCAUUUGAUUAUAAAUCAAUAUACUGGUGGAUGAUUAUUG